AUGCAAAUGCUAAUAUCCAAACCCGAAAAUUGGGCCCUUGAUUCAACUAUCUUCGGAAUUGUGGUCGCGGGAAUUGCGGAAGGACGUAUAGGCGACUUAGCCGUCGCACGAAAGCACUCAAAUGCAGCUAUUGCCCUGUUGAAUUUGCGAGGCGGGCUCAGGGCUAUUCAAGACAUGCAAUUUCCAACAGGAAUGAUAAUACUUUAUGCAUACGUCACCCUUGGGGGCACACAGCUUUUCAGUAAUUCAACAAGACUUGGAACAGCGUCUGACACUCUCAAAUGCAGACUCCAGAUAUUUCAAAAAUGGAACCGCGAGAUCAGGACCAAUUGUUCAACAGGUAGCCGGAAACCCACGGCGACUGCACCUACAUGUGAAAAUUCUAUGCGAAAGGAUCCGUGCAUACCAGGCAGCCUGUGGUACUUCGGAACCUCUUCUGUUCUUCGGCCCUACGUGGAGAGCUCUUUCGUGGAUCGAGCAUCCAGCCAGAUAAGACCUUAUCUUGCCGUCUUAUACGCCAUCAACAGUAUGCUUUGGGCUUUACAGGACAAUGAAGAGGCAGCCAUAGAAUUUAUGGAUAGGGUAGUCCACCAAAUUGAGUUGAGCCAUCCAUCCUCGAAGGAUACCAACACUUCAACCACAACCUCCAUCGCAGGAUUGACGGUGAUGGCCCUACUCUUUGUGUUGGCGAGCGAAGCCACGAACCUUGGACACUGGAAGUCAUCAGAGGAUGCGGCGUUUCGUAGUUGGGAGAUCAUCGAGUUUGUUGAAUUGGUGAUGCUUGCGUCGCACCAAAGUCGGAAAAGGAUCGUAGCUUCGAUGGCAUCGUGGCUGAUCACUGACUUGCAUAACCCAGACGGGCUUCUGCUAAUCGAAGAUUCUGAUUUUGAUGCCAUGGAAGAUGAAGUUGAAAUUCGCUACUUUACAGAUAAUCGCUGGUUGAGGGAUAAUACUACGUGA